UUUUUGCAAAACGCCAACGCUGGUAAAUCUCGGUAGACUGCUAAUCUUCACCUCCCCUCCCCACGUACGCGCUCCCGAGAUGAAAAGAGCAAAAUAAAAAGACUGCAAUUACCGCUGUGGCCCCAGGUUGACUCAGGCAGUGGCGCAGCGUCUCGGCGGGGGUGGUGAGUGGGUGGGACUAAAGGAAUGGAUUGAACACUGAGGCCCCUGGAAACUCUAAGAAGCCCAAUAAGCAAGGGGGAGGGGAGGGGGGACAAAGCACGUAUUCCCAAACCUAGCUGCUAGCAAUGAGCAGUUGAUUCAUCCCCUCCUCCCAAAGCGCUUCAGCUCCUUGGCCGUGGAGGAAGAAGGUAUCUCUAUCCCCUAAGCUUCCUCCAGUCGUACCCCACCACCACCACCACCACCACACCGCAGACCUUGCUACCUCCAAACUGCUAUGAACUGGAGCCUCUCGGUUUCCCUCCCCAUUCAUCCCAGGCCAAGGUGGCAGGUCGAGGCCAGAACCCUGGGAACUUUCCAGGCCAUCUCUGGUCUCCGCUAUGCAAGCCAUUUUCUCUCAUAGUUAUCUCUCCUUCAGAGGGGAGAACUAAGGCCAAGGUUUGGGAGAAGAUCCUGAGAUCUUACAGGGACUCUGAGGGAAGCUGAGAAGGGGGAGGCCUGACUGGGGUGAACCAGACCCAGAGGGAACUGGGGUAUUGAAUCCACUGAGCACCUGCUUGGCUUCCUCUCAUAAUAUAAUCACUACAGCCAGUCUUGGAGGGGAAGACUCUAGAGAGUUCUUUCUCCCUCCUUCCUUCCCCUAGUCCCACCCGCCUUGCCUGGUCUUGCUUGCCUCCCUGUUUCCAUGACAACUCCAAAGGAGCCCAAACUGGGGGCUUGAAUGCCGGGGUGAGAGGAGGAGAGAGACCAAGCGGGGGUACGUCUGAAGCACUCCCCCUCCCUCGCCUCGGUCCCUUUAAGCUCCCCCCCCCCCCCCGCUUUUCCUCCGCCCGCCGCCGCCACUGUCUUCAUCUCUCCAUCUCUGCGCUGCUGCCGGCUGCGCAAUCUGCGCACCCAGACUCCGGUGCUAGCCAGGGACCCCGACUCUGGACUCCGGCUGCACGGAUCCUGUCCCAGGGAGACCGCAGGCAUGUCAUCCGAAAAGUCAGGCCUCCCGGACUCAGUCCCUCACACCUCUCCACCACCCUACAAUGCCCCCCAGCCCCCCGCCGAACCUCCCGCCCCGCCCCCACAGGCAGCCCCUUCCUCGCACCAUCACCACCACCACCACUACCACCAGUCCGGCACCGCCACUCUCCCGCGCUUAGGGGCAGGGGGCCUGGCUUCUGGGGCCAGUGCUCAGCGCGGUCCCUCGUCCUCAGCCACCUUGCCGAGGCCCCCACACCACGCCCCGCCAGGCCCCGCCGCCGGGGCGCCCCCACCGGGCUGCGCUACCUUGCCCCGCAUGCCACCCGACCCUUACCUGCAGGAGACUCGCUUCGAGGGUCCACUGCCCCCGCCGCCGCCCGCCGCCGCCGCCCCGCCCCCGCCGGCGCCCUCUCAUACUACCCAGGCCCCGGGCUUCGUGGUGCCCACGCACACGGGAGCGGUCGGCACGCUGCCACUGGGCGGCUACGUAGCCCCUGGCUACCCCUUACAGCUGCAGCCUUGCACUGCCUACGUGCCAGUCUACCCGGUGGGCACGCCCUAUGCAGGCGGAACCCCGGGGGGAACGGGAGUAACCUCCACACUCCCCCCGCCACCCCAGGGCCCGGGCCUGGCCCUUCUGGAGCCAAGGCGCCCGCCGCACGACUACAUGCCCAUCGCAGUGCUGACCACCAUCUGCUGCUUCUGGCCUACGGGCAUCAUUGCCAUCUUCAAGGCAGUGCAGGUACGCACGGCCUUGGCCCGCGGAGACAUGGUGUCAGCCGAGAUCGCUUCACGCGAGGCCCGGAACUUCUCCUUCAUCUCCCUGGCCGUGGGCAUAGCAGCCAUGGUGCUGUGUACCAUCCUCACCGUAGUCAUCAUCAUCGCUGCGCAGCACCACGAGAACUAUUGGGAUCCGUAAGGAUGCCCCCAGCCCAGCCCCACCCUGCGCCCCUCGACCUCCCAAGCGCGUUUUACCGUCAAGCCGCGGAUCCAAUGGGCGCCCUGCGCACCCGCUUCUGGGGCCACCGGACUUCUUUACAUCCUAAACUAGGCCUCCACGGAAACUCUCGCCUUGCGAGCACGCUCCGAAUCCAGUUCCUCAGGAACCUCGCCAAAACACACACUAACAGGGACACCGCUUCCCGGGAUCCCUGCCAAAUCCUGGGCCCUCAGUCGCUCCAGGCCCCCACCCCUUCAAAAUGCAGCACCCCCAGUCGAGCUCCCUGGGUCACUGCUCCGCAGCCUGGAGACUGGUCCCUAAAGCCCCGCCUCCUCCAUAGGCUCCGCCCCAGCUCUGACAAAACCCCGCCUCCAGGUCGGCAGGCUCCGCCUUCUUUUUUUCCCUGCGGGGUGAUUCAGUCCGGUGAUUGGGUUUGUGGCGCCAGGCCUCGCCCUCAAACCGACAGACUCCUCCCCUUUUCCUGGCGCAAGAGCCGAACUCGGGGGUAGCCAUGCCGCAACUCUCACUCCCGUUUUUUUGCUAGUACACUUCCGUCUCUUUUCCACCCUGAUACCCGCCUAUUUUCUUGCUAAUCCCAGAGCCUCUAUCUACUUUUGAUUUUUUUGGAAUGAGAUUUAGGGGGUUCCCAGUUUAGGGACCUUCACCCUGAAAUGAAGAUUACGUCCCUCUUCUCUGUAAAUACUCCUUUCCUCCUAUCCCAACUCCUGGGCAGUCGGGCAGAACGGAACCCAGGGUCCAAAUCUCCCAGUGUCGCGAGGGAGCCGGCCCGCUCCACACUCCCUGCUCCCCUUGGUAGUCCCCACCUUGUUCUGAUCUGUGUGUGAGUGUGUGUGUGAAUUUCUGAAAGACAACAUUAAAUAGACUAAGUAGAUUCAUCACCCGCAAUUCUGAA